AUGAUUAUGACAAAAGCCGUUGGUGAUGAAGAAUCUCAAUAUGUUGAGGACUCUACUUUCGAAGCAGCCGCUGCAUUUAUGGGCGGCAGAGAUGGGGCAUCGUACAGUAAUCAACGGUUUGCUGAAAGUUCUGAUCAUUCUUCUAGCUCGGCAAGAUCACUGGAAGACUACCAACCCCCUGAGGAGAAGCUCUCAUCGCUGUCAUCCAGAGGUGAAGAAGGUCCUAAUGAGAAGGAGAAGAGCGGUAAUGGUGAUACUGACUUGGCAAGAAUACAAACUGGGCUUUUUUCUCCUAGAUUGCGAAGUCAUAGAAAGAAAAUAUUGUUGAAGUUUGUUGUCAACAACCUCUUUAUUGCAUGUGUGUGUAUCUCGCUCAUAUCAAUUUACUGGGGUGCCUGUUAUGGAACGGAUCGUUACUUCUUUAAGGUGAAUAACAUUGUUGUACUGCAGGAUGUGCCAUCUAAUAUUUCCGUACAGUCUAUCUCAGCCAUCAUACCCUCAUUGUUAGCGUCUGUGCCUGGAACAUGGCACGUCUAUAAUGCAACCUCAUUUAAUGAGAAAUUUGGCUCGAUAAACUCCAAUGAAAUUAAUGCAAAAUUAUUGGAUCUGAUUUACGAUGAGAAAUAUUGGUUAGGCUUGAACGUUAAACCAGAUGCUACAGACACCUUGUAUAAUUCUUUGAUUAGUCAAGAUGCAGACUCCCAGUUCAAUUCAUCAGAUUUUUUUGAGUCCGUGUUUGAAAGUGGUCGUGAUCCAUCAAGCGUUAGAUCAACCAUUUUACCACUAAUGCAACAGUUGGAAACCAGGUUUCAAAAAUACUAUGUAAAGGAAUAUCUUCCCUCAUUGAUGAGUAAUAUUACUUCCAAUGGUAAAGAUUUCAAGAUAAACCUAGAGAACUGGGCAAUUGCAGGUCAGUUGUUAUUUACCUAUAACGAUCAUCGUCCCUUUACUGAUCGCAUCCUGUUGGCCCCUUUGCAGGUUGGUUUGAUUUAUUGCAUACUAUUAACUGUUUUACAACUGUCACUAUAUGGAAAAUUGCAUGGGGAAAUGGCCAAAGUGUUGAAACCGAAAUAUAUACUAAUCUACAGGUUACUAGUUUCCUGGGCAACCUAUUUCCUUCUUUCCAUUGGAUUUUGUACCGUAUCUGCAAUUUUUAGAAUCGACUUCACCCCUGCAUUUGGUAAAGGAGGCUUUGUGGUAUAUUGGAUGUCUACAUGGCUGGUAAUGAUGGCUGUUGGGGGUACUAAUGAAAACGUACUGAGCUUAAUUAUAGCCUAUUGCCCUCCAUAUUUAAGCAUUUGGCUGAUGACAUGGAUCAUCUUAAAUAUCUCUGCUUCAUUUUAUCCGAUGGCUCUGAACAAUGAAUUUUACAGGUACGGCUAUAUAAUGCCAAUUCACAACGCCGUGGAUAUUUACAAAGUGAUCUUUUUGAACUUAACCAAAAGGAAAAUGGGAAGAAAUUACGGUAUCCUCGUGGCAUGGGUUGUUCUCAAUACAUCUUUGACACCAUUUUGUAUGAAGGCAGCCGGCAAAAAAAUGCAAAAGAAUGCUGCGCAAGCGGCAGAGGCUGCUGUGAGAGCGACUGCCCGUCAUGCUAGCCGCCCUUCAGAGCUCAAUAGUGAUAGUAAUAACAGCCCUUCUAGAGAUCAAGGGGUAAAGAGUAGUAACUGA